AUGGAAGACAAACCGCAUAACGGUAAACCUAUUACUAUGACGGAAGUAUCACCAAAUGCAAAGAAAAAGGCAAGCUUGAGCCAAUUAAACCUGCUGAGAGAGAGCAAUUCCACAUUUUACGCAUUGAAGACGAAAGAGGAAAAAAUUGUUCAAAUGUGUAUUUCUGAUAAUAAGGAGCUAGUAUACAGUAAACUUGAAUAUGGUUCAUAUGUUUAUUGUGAUAGUAAAAUUGACAUACACAAAUAUUUAAAAAUCAUUAAUAUUAAUAAUACAGUUCAAGAAAUAGAAUUUAAAAUUGACCAUCCAAGUAGGUCAAAUAUUAUUUGGAUUUAUUCAACUCAGACUAAAAGUAACAAAUGGAUGUGUCAAAAUGUUUAUGAAGUCCCUAAAGAAGCGGAGCUAGUAAGCAUAUCUAAAUAUGAUAAAAUUUGGCUACGUAUCAAUAGCCGCAUAUGUGAAUGGGAUAUCGUUACUG